AUGGCAGAGGGGUAUUGCUGGUCACGGACGGCGGAGCGGCAGGCGUCACGGAUGCGUGCACGCUACCUGGCAGCGGUGCUCCGGCAGGACGUGGAGUACUUCGACCUCAAGGUGGGGUUGACGGCAGACGUGAUUGCCAGCGUCUGCCGGAAUGCAAAAUGUGUGCCAUGGCUAACCCAUUGUGCACGAUUAAGAAAAGCGAACAGUCUGCGGGACCAGGCAAACACUUCCUUUGACAAACCCACAGGCGUUAAGUAA